AUGUUGCCGUCUCAGAUUCAUAAUGUUUUGCUAGACCACAACUUCACUCCAAAAAUUUCUGAUUUUGGUUUGGCCAAAUUAUCUUCCAAGGAUCAAAGUAUAGUGUCAAUGACUAAAGCUAGAGACACCAUGGGAUACAUUGCACCUGAAGUGUUCCCUAGGAAUUUUGGAAAUGUGUCUUACAAGUCAGAUGUCUAUAGUUUUGGAAUGUUGUUGCUAGAGGUGGUAGGAGGAAGGAAGAAUAUUGGUUCAAGCACAAAGAACACAAAUGAAAUUUACUACCCAUAA